GUCUUCCAUGUACAACACAAACAAAAGAAUUGGCCUUGCUGUUCCAUUACAUUUGGAGGUGACUGUUUAUACACACACACACACACACACACACACACACACACACAAAGGUUUAUCAAGGUUCAGCUGUCACACAUUCCUCCCAGAGCUGCUGUUUAUUUUUAGCAGUAAGGCGGUGAUCCUCUGCUUUAUCUUCUUGCCUCUGCAUUGUGUUCAGGGAGGCAUAGUGUUUAUUAACGAGUGGUGUUUAUCCCAACAGCAUUGUAGUGUUCAGCAAGGAGCAGUGUUUAUCACAGUGACAUUACAGUGUUCUAUAAGGAGCGGGGUGAUGGGGAAUUAUAAAUCCAGACCAACACAGACAUGUACAGAUGAAUGGAAGAAGAAAGUGAGCGAGUCGUACUCUGUGAUUAUGGAGAAGCUGGAUGAUGAUCUGAGGAUUAAAGAUGAAGAAUAUUCUGAGCUCAAACACGUGUUCAGUUCAGAUGAAGCUUUUAACAAAGUGAAUCUAAACUACCGCUCAGAGGCCGGACUCUCCCUGCUCCACCUGUGCUGCAUCUGCACAGGAAAUAAAAACCACAUCCGCACUCUGAUGCUGAAAGGACUGAGAGCCUCCAGACUGAGUCGCAAUGGAUUCACCGCCCUACAUCUUGCUGCUUACACGGACAGUGCUGAGCUGGUUACAGCUUUAUUACACGGUGGUGCAGAUGUUCAGCAGGUCGGUUAUGGAGCUCUCACAGCUCUGCAUAUUGCCACUAUAGCGGGCCAUCAUGAGGCAGUGGACAUUCUCCUGCAGCACGGUGCUUAUGUUAAUGUUCAAGACGCUGUGUUCUUCACAUCUCUACACAUCGCAGCUUACUAUGGCCAUGAGCAGGUGUGUAAGCUGUUGCUGAAAUUCGGAGCGGAUGUGAACUUUAGUGGAGAGGUGGGAGAUCGUCCACUUCACCUCGCAGCCGCUAAAGGUUUCCUCAACAUCAUCCGGUUGCUGAUGGAGGACGGAGGCAAAGUGGAUGUAAAUGCUCAGGAUAAUGAAGAUCAUGUGCCGCUGCAUUUCUGUGCGCGAUUUGGCCACCAUGAGGUUGUGCGUUUCCUGCUGCAGGGAAACUUUAACGUCCUGCCGCAUUCCAUCAACAUCUACGGGGACACACCACUGCAUCUGGCGUGUUAUAACGGGAAGUUUGAGGUGGUGAAGGAGUUGGUGCAGCUUACAGGAACAGAAAGCCUGUCCAAAGAGAACAUCUUCAGUGAGACUGGGUUUCACAGCGCCUGUACGUAUGGUAAAGACAUGGACAUGGUCAAGUUCCUGAUUAGCCAGAAUGCAGUCAACGUUAAUCACCAGGGCCGAGAUGGACACACGGGUCUACACAGUGCCUGUUUCCAUGGACACAUCCGCCUCGUUCAGUUCCUAUUGGACAGUGGAGCUGACAUGAACCUGGUGGCGUGUGACCCGAGUCGCUCCAGUGGAGAGAAAGAUGAACAGACCUGUCUGAUGUGGGCCUAUGAGAAAGGUCACGAUGCCAUCGUCACUCUGCUGAAACACUACAAACGUCCACUAGAGGACUCGCCCUGUAAUGAAUACUCUCAGCCAGGAGGGGAUGGAUCGUACGUUUCUGUUCCGUCUCCACUGGGGAAGAUCAAAAACAUGACAAAAGAGAAAGCUGAUGUCUUGCUUCUCAGGGCGAGUCUCCCAUCUCAUUUCCACCUGCAGCUCUCAGAACUGGAGUUUCAUGAGAUCAUCGGCUCGGGAUCCUUUGGGAAAGUGUAUAGAGGAAAAUGUCGCAACAAAAUCGUAGCCAUUAAACGGUACCGGCCCAACACGUAUUGCUCAAAGUCGGACACGGACAUGUUUUGCCGGGAAGUUUCCAUCCUGUGCCGCUUAAACCAUCCGUGUGUUAUACCAUUUGUGGGGGCGUGUCUCGACGAUCCGAGUCAGUUCGCCAUCGUCACACAGUAUGUCUCUGGAGGAUCGCUCUUCUCACUGCUGCAUGAACAAAAACGGCUGAUUGACCUGCAGUCGAAACUCAUCAUCGCCAUGGAUGUGGCCAGAGGGAUGGAGUAUCUGCACAAUCUGACUCAGCCCAUCAUCCACCGAGACCUCAACAGUCACAACAUUCUGCUGUAUGAGGACGGUCACGCUGUCGUGGCUGAUUUCGGCGAGUCGCGCUUCCUGCUGUCCAUGGAUGAAGACAACAUGACAAAACAACCCGGGAACCUUCGGUGGAUGGCUCCGGAGGUUUUUACACAGUGCACACGCUACACCGUGAAGGCUGACAUGUUCAGUUACGCUCUGUGUCUGUGGGAGCUGCUGACGGGGGAGAUCCCUUUCGCUCAUCUGAAACCUGCGGCUGCGGCGGCUGAUAUGGCGUAUCAUCACAUCCGGCCUCCAAUCGGCUACUCCAUCCCUAAACCGCUGUCCGCUCUGCUCAUGAGGGGAUGGAACGCCUGUCCUGAGGAGAGGCCAGAGUUCUCAGAGGUUGUAUCUAAACUCGAGGAGUGUUUGUGC